UGUCGCCUGCACUUCCUGGAAGUGGAAGUUCCGGCUGGAGGCUGGGUCAGAUUCUGGUUGAAGGUUUUGCCGGCAAGAAAGCAUGGAAGGGAGGUGCGGCUCUUUCGAAGACAAACAAAAACAUCUUUGGAAGUUUCUCUGCUGGAAAAAUAUCCUUGCUCCAAGUUUAUAAUUGCUGUUGGAAACAAUGCAGUAGCAUUUUUGUCGUCAUUUGUUAUGAAUUCAGGAGUCUGGGAAGAAGUCGGCUGCGCUAAACUCUGGAAUGAAUGGUGCAGAACAACGGACGCUGCACAUUUAUCCCCCGCAGAGGCUUUUUGCGUGUUUUAUCAUCUAAAGUCAAACCCCUCGGUUUUCCUUUGCCAGUGCAGUUGCUACGUUGCUGAAGAUCAGCAGUAUCAGUGGCUGGAAAAGGUUUUUGGCUCUUGUCCAAAGAAGAAUAUGCAAGUAACUAUUCUCACCUGUCGACACGUUACUGACUAUAAGACUUCAGAAUCUACCAGCAGCCUUCAUUCCCCUUUCCUGAAAGCCCUAAAAACACAGAAUUCCAAAGAGCCUCCAUGCUGCUCACUGCUGGAACAACCCAACAUCGUACACGACCUCCCUGCAGCAGUUCUGAGCUACUGUCAAGUAUGGAAAAUCCCUGCCAUUCUGUACUUGUGUUACACUGACGUGAUGAAAUUAGACCUCAUUACAGCUGAGGCUUUUAAGCCUGUGCUUUCUUCCAGAAGCUUGAAAGGUUUGGUUAAGAAUAUUCCCCAGAGCACAGAGAUACUGAAGAAAUUGGUGAUGACAAAUGAGAUUCAGAGUAACAUUUACACGUGAUUCCAGAUGGUUUUGUCACCUGUGUCACCUGUCUAUUCCUUGGGGGGCAGCAGCAGCACUGUUUCAUAGGUUCCUUUUUUUCAAGGAGUAUUUUGAGGGUAUUAAAAACAGAAUAAACUUAUUUUAAAUUCA